CUCCCCCUCUCCCCAUGGAGUCGGAGAAUGGGCCCGUCCGGGCCGGGUGGCGCAUGCGCCUCAAGAGCCGUCAGCGGCGGGGGCUGGCCGAGCGGGGUGAGCUGCGGAGGGCGCGGUGGCCUCGCGCCCUAGCGCUGGCCGGGUUCUGGCGCGCAGCCCUCGGCCUUCGAGUGGCAAGUCUUCGCGGGUGAAUACCCCUUCAGCCGUCGGGUGUGGCCGCGAGUCGGUUGCUCUGCUGUGCUCCAUCUCCUUCUCCUAAAGAUGCAUCCUGACUUAUCUCCACACUUGCACACUGAAGAAUGCAACGUCUUGAUUAACUUGCUUAAGGAAUGUCACAAAAAUCACAGCUUUCUGAAAUUUUUUGGUCAUUGCAAUGAUCUAGAUCGGGAGAUGAGAAAAUGUUUGAAGAAUGAGUACAUUGAAAAGAGGACCAAGAGCAGGGAGCAUGGCAGUGCAAUGAGAAAGAGACUUUUUAAUCCUGCAGAGGAAUCUGAAAAAUAAAUUAAAGACAUACCUCGU